AUGGAGAGGUUUGUGCACCUCCUCUUCUUGGUCUUCUCCUCAGGCUGUGCUGCAGAGAACAUCACUGUGGUGUAUGGGAUGGAGGGGGGCAGCAUCUCUGUCCACUGCAGCUACAAGCCCUGGCAGCAGCGCUGGAGGGAGAAGAGUUGGUGCAGGCAGCUGGGGGAGAGCCACUGCCAGCAGGUGGUGAGUGCCAGGCGCCUCUGGCUGCCCUUCCUGAGCAGCUGGAACGGCACCACCUCCAUCAGGGACAACAUCCACGAUGGGGUCCUGACAGUCACCAUGAGGAGGCUCAGGAAGCAGGACUCUGGCUUGUACCAGUGCAGAACUCACUACCUGGGGGAAGCAGAGAGCUUGGGCAAGGUGCGAGUGGAAGUGCUGCCAGAUGUCCUGGAGACCCAAAUGCCAGAGGAGCCUCGGGCAGUGCAGAGCAUCUCCAGCCUCCCUCCAGGAGCUGAUCUCACUGCCUGCUACAUCACUGCUGGGUUCCUGGUGGCUAAGCUCGUGGUGGCUGUGCUGAUCUUUGUCACUGUCAACAGCAGGAAGCAGAGGGAGCAGAGGGAGCCAAGCCUGCAGGAGCAGCAGAAUGGUGUCCCAGGUGAGAUGUCAGCCUCUGAGCAGAAGUAA